AUGACAAUCCAGUCUCUUCUCACCGACUCGUUCUCCUUUCUCAGCUUUACUUACUGCUCAAUUUUGAAAUCCUUUGAGGGAGCCAAGCCAAUAAGAGAUUCUCCAGUGGUUUCCAAGCCAGUCCAUAGAGAACUAUCGUCUUCACUUAUAAUUAUUAUGGAUGAAAGACGACAAGGUGCCAUAAAGGAAGUUUAUGAUCGUUACAUUGGCCGAUUCAAGGACUAG